AUGGCCUCCCAAUCCACUCUCCGACACUCCGCAGAUCCCCUCGCGAACAACUUCUACCAUAUCUACACGAACCUCCUCCGGCAGCGCUUGAAAGGCACAUCCAAGACCACCCGCCUCCUCGGGGCGCUCGCCCUCACCCUCUCCAUAAUCGCCAGCGGCGAAGGCACACGCCGGUGGUGGAACUCCCGCAAAGCAGAGAAGGAGCAAGGCCGUCACCUCUUGCGCAAAAAUUCCGGGCUCAAGAAUAAAGAUGGCUCCCGCAUCAUCUACGUGCCCUACAAGGACUCCACUUCCAAAGUCACCAUAUCCCCCACGAAAGCCCUGACCUUCGAUGCGCAUCGACGGCUGUUCCUGAAUCCGCCCAGGGUUUCGGGCCUGGCUGAUGGAAUCCCGCCGCCGCAGACGAAGCCGGGGCUGAAUCUGGCGUUUCUGCACCAGUUUUUGAGUUUGUUGAGUAUCAUGAUACCAAGAUGGGGGAGUAAGGAGACGGGGCUGUUGGUGAGUCAUGGGGUAUUUUUGAUGCUGAGGACCUAUCUGUCGUUGGUGGUUGCGAGGCUGGACGGAGAGAUUGUGAGGGACCUUGUGGCGGGAAAUGGGAGGAGUUUUAUGUGGGGAAUCGUCAAGUGGUGUGGCAUUGGCAGCUUUGCCUCUUAUACGAAUGCCAUGAUCAAGUUUCUUCAAUCGAAAGUCUCUAUUGCCUUCCGUACACGUCUCACGAGAUAUAUCCACGAUCUAUAUCUCAACGAUAACCUGAAUUACUACAAACUCUCGAAUCUGGAUGGCGGCAUUGGCCAAGGAGCAGAUCAGUUCAUUACCCAAGAUCUCACACAUUUCUGUGCCGCGGCUGCCAGUCUUUACUCGUCACUGGGGAAGCCUUUUGUAGACCUCCUGGUCUUUAACUACCAACUAUACCGGUCUUUAGGGCCAUUGGCCCUGACAGGGCUGCUGAGCAACUAUUUCCUCACAGCUACCAUUCUGAGGAGACUUUCUCCGCCGUUCGGAAAGCUCAAGGCUGUCGAGGGCCGUAAGGAGGGUGACUUUAGAGGGCUACAUGCCCGACUGAUCGCGAAUGCCGAAGAGGUCGCAUUCUACGGCGGCGCAAGUAUGGAGAAGAACUUCCUUGAUAAGGAGUUCAAGAGUCUCAAGAAGUGGAUGGAGGGUAUCUACACUUUAAAGAUCCGCUACAACAUCCUUGAAGACUUCGUUCUCAAGUACAGCUGGAGUGCAUACGGCUACCUUCUGAGCUCGCUCCCAGUGUUCUUGCCAGCCUGGGGCGGUCUUGGAGGGGUUCAAGAAUUAGCCGAUUCCUCGGUCAGCGGUGGCCGCGAGAGAGGCCGAAUGCAGGAAUUCAUCACGAACAAGCGUCUCAUGCUCUCGUUAGCUGACGCUGGUGGACGCAUGAUGUAUUCGAUUAAGGACCUCUCGGAGCUGGCAGGAUAUACGAGUCGAGUCUAUACCUUGAUCUCGACCCUUCACCGAGUACAUGCAAACGCGUAUUUUCCUCAACGGGGCACUCAUGCCGAGUUGUACUCUUUGUCGGAUGUGCAAGGUACUAUUCACAAGGGCUUCGAUGGAGUGCGGUUGGAGAAUGUGCCAGUUGUGGCACCGUCCGUUUUUCCCCAUGGGGGGGAGGAAUUAGUCGAUUCCCUCUCCAUUAUAGUGCAUCCUGGAGAGCAUCUCUUGAUUUCCGGUCCUAACGGUGUCGGCAAGAGCGCUGUGGCACGUCUCGUCGCAGGCCUUUGGCCCGUCUAUCGAGGCCUCGUGUCUCGCCCUCGCACUGUAGGCACAGACGGCAUUAUGUUCCUCCCCCAACGUCCCUAUCUCUCCGUCGGCACUCUUCGCGAUCAAGUCAUCUAUCCCGACGGCGAGCUCGAGAUGCAGGAGCGUGGGCGCCGCGACAUAGAACUCAAAGGUAUCCUCGAAGAAGCCCGUCUCGGCUAUCUACCCGACCGCGAAGGAGGGUGGGAUACUCGCAAGGAAUGGAAGGACGUGCUCAGCGGCGGCGAGAAACAGAGGAUGGCCAUCGCGCGGCUGUUAUAUCACGAGCCGCGGUAUGCGUUCAUUGACGAAGGGACAAGUGCUGUGAGCAGCGAUGUCGAGGGUUUGCUCUACGAGAGGUGUAAGGAGAAGGGGAUCACUCUGAUCACGAUCAGUACGAGGGCGAGCUUGAAGAGGUAUCACACGUUCAAUCUCACCCUCGGCUUGGGCGCUGAUGGAAGUGAAUGGGACUGGGAGAGGAUUGGCACCGAGCAGGAGAAGAUGGGUGUUGAGCGGGAGUUGCGGGAGUUGCGGGAACAGCUUUCGAAGGUUCAGGAGUGGGAGGAGCGGAAGAGGGAGAUUGAUGGGGAGUUGGCGAAGGUGUGGGUGGAAGGUGGUGAUAUCUUGGAGAGUCCAGCAUAUGUUGAUCCGCCCGCGGCAGAAUGA